CGCAGGCGACUCCUCAGAGCCGGGGGCGGCCAGAAGAGCCCGGCGCUGGAGCCGAGGAUGCGGCGGCCGCGGGUUUCGCCGCCGCCGGCCUGUGCUUAGCCCGCGGGCGCAGCCCCCCCGGCGGCAGCGGCGAGACUCCGGCACCGGCCGCCUCCCGGCGCCGGGGACCAGGAAGCGGCGCUCGGCCGGCUCCCAGCGCCCCCUCCCCCGCCCGGCGCAGCGCGGGCGCCGGCGGCUCGGGCCGCCGCGGGAGCAGCAGGCGCUGGCGUCGGAUGCCUGCGCUACGCCAUCCCGCUGCUGCCGCGGCCUGGACUCCGCGGGGAGCGCCGGGGAGGAGGCGGAGGGCGAUCGGAGGGCAGCGGCCACCGCUCCUUUGUGUCCCAGACGUACCGCUUUGAAGAGAAACGGCAUAGCCUAAUGGAUUUGAAAAAAUUCUAGUUGGAAAGAUUUGUGGUCAUACUGCUAUGAUAACUGAAGAGUUCAAGCAGUAUGUUUUUGACAGCAAUAGUGAAGAACUUGAAGACUGGUUACUUAACGUACUAAAAUGGAGUAUUUACCAGUGGAGUAACUAAGGUGCUGACAGAUUUUGACUUCUUCAUCCUCUUAAACAUGAGUGAAGUUCAGGCUAUGGUAGAAUUCUCCGUGGAGCUCCACAAAUUCUUCAAUGUGGAUUUGUUUCAAAGAGGCUUUUACCAGAUUCGUGCAUCUAUGAAAAUUCCUCCAAGAAUUCCACACAAAUUAGAAGCUAGCUUGUUACAAGCAACUGGUGCAGAUCUUGCCUUUCCUGCUUCAAUCCAAGACAAUAUAGUGUGCAGUAAAACAUUUCAGAUUCUUUACAAAAAUGAGGAAGUUUCUGUGAACGAUGUGAUGAUUUUCAAAAUAAAAAUGCUUUUAGAUGAGAGGAAGAUUGAGGAAUCUCUUAAUGAAAUGAAUUUUCUGCUAACGUUAGAUCUACACUUCACGGAUACAGACUAUUCACCAGAUGACCUGAGCACACUACAGCCAAUUAGUAGCCGAACUUUAAAGCUGCACUUUAACUUACACCGGGGCCUUCACCAUUACGUCAAUGUCAUGUUUGAUUACUUCCACCUUUCUGUCAUAUCGGUUGUAGUCCAUGCUUCUUUGGUUGCUCUGCAUCAGCCACUGAUAAGUUUUCCUCGCCCGGUGAAGAAUACAUGGUUGAACAGGAAUGCACCAGCACAAAACAAGGACUCUGUGGUUCCUUCUCUUGAAAGUGUGGUCUUUGGCAAUAACUACACAAAACAGUUAUCAGCAGAUGGUUGCAGUUUUGUUGUUUCAGAGUCUUUCCUCAGCCAUGCCUAUAAUUUUCACUAUACGCUUUGUGCCAGUUUGCUGCUUGCUUUCAAAGGGUUACAUAGCUAUUUCAUUAUGAUAACAAAGGAACUCCCCUCUUCUCACCGAAUUGAACUGGCCAAGGCCAGCAUGCAGGUCCUUUAUGAACGCCUUCUCAGAAGAAAAUAUCCACGCACCCAGAGAGACGCCUACCUAGAAAACGUAGAUGUAGACAUUCGUCUUAAAGAAUUGUGUGAAGAAGUAAAGAAAAUGGAAAAUCCUGAUGAACUGGCAGAACUUAUAAAUAUGAAUCUUGCUCAGCUUUGCUCACUUCUGAUGGCACUCUGGGGGCAAUUUCUGGAGGUCAUUACCUUACAAGAGGAGGUCACAGCACUGCUUGCACAAGAGCAUCACACAUUAAGGGUGCGCAGGUUUGCAGAAGCAUUUUUUUGUCUUGAGCAUCCUAGGCAAGCUGCCCUUGCCUAUCAAGAACUGCAUGCUCAAAGUCAUCUACAGAUGUGUGCAGCUAUCAAAAAUACUUCCUUCUGCAGUUCUCUUCCACCUCUCCCUAUUGAAUGCAGUGAACUAGAUGGAGAUAUGAACUCCUUGCCUAUCAUCUUUGAAGAUCGAUAUUUAGAUUCAAUUACUGAAGAUCUGGAUGUACCCUGGUUGGUAGUUCAGAGUCUUCCAAGGUCAGAGUCCAAUAAAAUGGAUAAAUUUGAAGCUGAAGAAGGUUUUGUAGCUGGUGUUACCAGCCCAGAACUGAAAAUAAGACCUGCAGGUGCCUCCAGCCUUUGGCAUCCAGAAAGUGAAAAGAUGCUAACAAAAACUUUGAAAGGGAAAAGUGAAGAUGCAAAUAAAUCCAAAGUUAAAGUUACUAAGCUCAUGAAAACAAUGAAACCUGAAAACACAAAAAAAGUUGUGAAACAGAACUCUAAGGACUCUGUGGUCUUAGUAGGCUACAAGUGUUUGAAAAGUGCAGCACUGGAAGAUGCCUCUAGAAGCUCAGAAGGCAGGCCUUCAUACAAUGCUGACGAAGGGCUGGACCCUAAAUUAGGAGGGUUUCCUUGUGAUACAAAGACCUGCAGCAGGCAAGCAAGUCAAAGAGAACUUCCAUUUUUGCCAUCUGAAACUGAGGAAAAGACUGCCAAGAUUGAAGGUGGCCAGUCAGGUCCAGGUAACACCAUGCACUGUGAAAAUGUGGCUAUUUUUGGUAGACUUAGUAUCUCCCAGACAGGUGCUGGAACUAUACAAGCAGAUAGUGCUCUACAAUCCAGAGGUACACUUGAAGGUUGCCAUGCAGGUCAACCAGCUUCCUCAGGAGUUAGGACAAUUGAGGUCAAACCAAGUAAUAAGAAUCUCUAUGAAGGGGAGAAAGUAACUGUUCACAUUGGAUCAUGGGCUGAGUUUCCGCAAGGUGGAAUGCAAGGAGAGAAUUUCCAGACCCCCAAUAUUCAGUCUUCAGAAUCUGGAAAUAAAUUGAAUCCAGAAGAACAGGAACCAGCACUUGAAAAGGAAAAUCAGAGAAACUUCCAACAUACCAUUGACAGCUUGACAAAAAUUAAAAAUAAUCAGCCUACUCUUUCUACAAAAGAAAGUCAGCUUUCUGCAAGUGGAGAUGUGGCUAAAGUACCAGAUGUUAGCGUGACAUAUGCCUCUUCUAGGUUUUCAGAUUCAGGUGUAGAAAGUGAACCAAGUUCUUUUGCAACUCACCCCAAUCCUGAUCAGGUUUUUGAAAAUGUUCAAGGGCAAAGCACAUACAACGGUGAGAAAGCACUUCCUCAGCUUUUACUAAAACCAGACUGUGCUAUAAAAAAUGCAAUAGAAAGUCAUUGCACUGAGAGUACCAGUGCUGUAAGUGAAAUACAGUCAUCUCUGACAUCCAUAAAUUCGCUGCCAUCAGAUGAUGAUGAGCUGUCACCUGAUGAGAAUUCGAAGAUAUCUAUUGUACCUGAAUGCCAGCUAAGUGACAGUAAAACAGUAUUGGAUCUUGGAGCAAUUGACUUGCCAAAAUGUGAUGACAGUAAAAAAUCAAACACGAAUUUGCAACAACAGUGUGUUGCAUUUUCAGGGCACUUGGAUAACAAAGCUCCGUCUUUACAUUCCUCGCUCUCAGGAACAAAAGAUCUUUUACACUUAGUUGUUUCAGAUGCGGAUAUGUCUACUGAUAUGAAAAGUCACAGCCCACAGGCAGACUUUGGCACAACCUGCAAGGACUCUCAGGACCUCGAAAGGCAUCUUAACACUACAGAAGAAACAGUUAAGUUGCAUUUGGAAAUAAUUUGUACGGGUGAGCCAUCCAUUGUUUCAAGUUCUUCAUCUGUAAAUGCAGAGGAUGAGGUUGAAAAAAAAUAUGAAGGAAAACAUGAUGAGCAUUUAGGACUAAAGGAGACAAUGGAAGAACUGUCAGUAGCUAAAACUGAAACUGGUACAGAUAAUCCUUCUCCAACCAGUAGUACUGACAUGGUAAAGCAAGGGCUUGUCGAAAACUAUUUUGGCUCUCGAAGCAGCACAGAUAUUUCAGAUAUUUGGCCUAUGGACAACAGCAAUCCUGUUAGUCCGCAAAAGGAAACGUAUGAAAAACAAAUAUUUUGUUCUUCCCAACAAGAUGAGGAGGAAGAAGAGGAUCAAGAAAUGAUUGAAAACGGGUAUUAUGAAGAAACGGACUAUAGUAUAUUAGAUGGAGCUGCCAGUGCUGACCAGGAUCGUGGCUCAGCAGAAGAGACCCUGAGAUCUGAAAGGAUUGAUAGUGGGCAUCUGCGAGAUGUAAUGACGGUGCCUCCUGUCUGCACUCCUGGCUGUCUGUCUUUUCCUUCUUCUCUGAGAGACUCUCCUUGCAAUGUUAUCUGUUCUUCAAGGCGUAAAUCUGAUGCAAUUACACAACAGCCAGGCAGCACAUCCUAUAGCUCAGCCUCAUCCGUUUCCUGGUAUGAAAGCUCCCCAAAACCUCAAAUGUUAGCUUUCCUACAGGCUAAAGAAGAACUGAAGCAACUUAAACUUCCUGGAUUUAUGUAUAGUGAUGUUUUCAAACUGGCUUCUUCAAUACCUUACUUCAGUAUGGAAGAGGAAGACUGCUCAGAAGAAGGAAUACAUCUUAUAGUCUGUGUCCAUGGCCUAGAUGGUAACAGCGCAGAUCUAAGAUUAGUGAAGACUUACAUUGAGCUAGGGCUGCCUGGAGGGAGAAUAGAUUUUCUCAUGUCUGAAAGGAAUCAGAAUGAUACCUUUGCUGAUUUUGAUUCCAUGACAGAUCGCCUUUUAGAUGAAAUUAUACAGUAUAUACAAAUUUAUAAUCUAAACCUUUCAAAAAUCAGCUUUAUUGGACACUCACUGGGUAAUCUAAUAAUCCGUUCAGUGCUCACAAGACCUCGAUUUAAGUAUUACCUCAACAAACUUCAUACCUUCCUGUCCCUGUCUGGACCACACCUUGGUACCCUCUACAACAGCAGUGCUCUUGUUAAUACAGGUCUGUGGUUUAUGCAGAAGUGGAAGAAGUCUGGUUCUUUACUGCAGUUGACAUGUCGAGACCAUUCAGAUCCACGACAAACAUUCUUAUACAAACUUAGUAAAAAAGCAGGUCUUCAUUACUUCAAAAACAUUGUGUUAGUAGGCUCUCUGCAGGAUCGUUAUGUUCCUUAUCACUCAGCUCGCAUUGAGAUGUGUAAAACAGCUUUAAAGGAUAAACAAUCAGGACCAAUUUAUGCUGAAAUGAUCCAGAACCUGCUUCUGCCAGUUCUUCAAAAUAAGGAAUGUAAUUUGGUUCGUUAUAAUGUAAUUAAUGCAUUACCCAAUACAGCAGAUUCUCUCAUAGGGAGAGCUGCACACAUUGCUGUUCUUGAUUCAGAAAUAUUUUUAGAAAAAUUCUUUCUUGUUGCUGCCCUAAAAUAUUUUCAGUAGAGAAAAGCAUUGUAAGAGACUUCUUUAUUACCUCAUUAACAGAUGAAUCAAAUAAUGUGUGGUAUAAGUAUAGCUGCAGCUGUAUUUUAAGAGAUAUUUAUACUUUUUAUAUGGAAGAUAAUUUAUAUCAUCCACACUUACGGCUUUUUAACAUCAACUUUACUUUCUAGGUAAUGUGGCUGUGCAAUAUUUUUUAUUUUGUUCUUUUUACUUUUCUAUCACUUUUUCUUAAUUUUGGGUACCUAAUCAUUUGGAGAUUAAAGCACAGUGCAUUUUUGUGGUUGGUUUAUUAUUGGCUCUUAGACUACAAAAGUCAAUGUUCCUUGGUUAUGUUUUACAAGAGGCUUUAGAUGCCAAAAUAAAUUGGAUUUAAAAAUUCUAAUAAGGUCUUACACAUUCAGUUGUCGUAUUUUAGCACUGUAGAAAGUUGAACUGGAAACACAGCGAGCUGCUAAAAUAUUGGGUAUUUGAAAAAUGACUAUAUCUGUGGGGGUCUCACAAAGACUGUUACCGAGUUGUCUGUUCAGAUCCCUACAGCUGAACAGUUGUCUACAAAACCAUCAGCAUUGUUGUUAAAUAUGUGAUGCCUCCGGGAAUAUGUUUUCUGCUGAUCUCAAAAACACGUUAGUUUACAUACUGAGUUUUAUUACUGGAACCUGUUUUCAGAAGCAAAUGGCAACUAAGGAUUUUUGAAUGUUUCAUGAUAGCUGCCUUCAAAUAAUUGGGGUUUUGCAAACUGCAUUAAAAUGGCUCCUUGCUCUGUCGGUUCUUCAGAUGAACAUGGACAGUUUUACAUGGACUUCUUCCUUGUAUGUACGUAAAAUAAGUAAAUGUUAUAAAUUUCUGCAAUACUUUUAUGAAUUUAAGCAAUUUUUAAAUAUUGUUAAAAUGUUUUAUUGACUACAAAGUAUUGUAAAUAUAAAUCAAUACAUCUUCAAAUGGGACAAUAUUGUAAACUUUACCUGUUUAGUGAUACAGAUAAAAUGUUUUUGAUAUACAGGAAUGUUAAAGGUCUAUUGACUUUCUACUGGUGCUGAAUAGCAUUAAGUUUGGUUUCUCCUUCCUUCCCUUUUUUGGUUUCAAACAGUAAUUCACUCAAGGGGGGGAGGAAGAGUUACAUGUGCAUUCACUAAUUGUAAUGAACAUUUUUUGAAAAAUAUAAAUUUGUUGUAUAAUGCAUGUUUAUUUUUAGCAUUGUGUUAUUGCAUCUGGUGUUAAUAAAAUGAACAAAUUACUCUAAUGGAAGCAAUUAAAGAAACUGAAAUGUUCUGCUAAUUACAAAAAUUCUGGGGAGGCUUUAUUGUAUAUAAUUAACAAUUUUGUAUUAUUUGAAAUGAAUAUAGCAAUAAUAGUUUAUAAUGAAGUGAUUUUGCAUUUGGUUUGUUAAUAUGGUCUUUGUGAUACAUUUUUUUCUCUGUAGUGUGCAAGUUUCAGGUUACCACCUAUGGUUUGGCAACGUACACACUUAAAAGAGUAUUUUAUUGGAGUUGUGUUAGGCAAGUCCUUAGGACACAAAGAUAUCUUAAAUACAUUCCCACUCUAACAAUG